UUGUUCUCUCUCAUAUCUUGGUAAUAGUGCCUUCAGACUACAAAUAUCUCCCUAUUCAUGUGCGUGACGUCCUUUGGCCGCCUGCAGGGACGUGGGGACGGUGUUUAAAUAGUAUUGAGUCCCCCAUGCAGAGUAUAGUCGGACAUUGAGGUGGUCUCAGUGUUGUGUCGGGGGCGUGACGUGGUGUGUCUCUCCUUCCUUCCGUGGGCGAGGGCUUGUUCUUUUUGCUGGGCCCUUCACGCAAUGCUUUGACUGCGAUUGGACUCCCCAGGAAGGCCUGUGGUGUGAAUGACUCUUACCUAGCAGUGAAAUAAGAGGAGGGAGUACCCGUGUGGAGAGGGGCUUGAAGGUGCUCGUCACUCCCUCCCUUCACGGCCCUUAGUCCUUCCUCUCCGGUCUGCUGCACACAUCCAGCAUAUUACCUACCUUGGGAUACAGGCACUGCUUCAUUUAUUGCCUUCUCCUCAGUCUUCUAUCAAGGUUGUGCCUCAGGAAGUCACGCUUUGUAGCCGCACCACCGUCGCACCUGAUCAGCUGCUGUAGGUGAGAGGUGCCCCCCUCUGCAUUGCUGACUCUGCUGCACCUGUACCGUACCGUCACCCUUCUGUACCCCGCGAAGAUGGAGCGAGGCAGCGUUUGGCGGGACUGGUACCCAUGACAUCACGCUUGUUGACGGCCUCGCUGCCUUGAACCCCGCUGUCCUUCCUGCCUCCUUGAUGACGUCAUUGAAUCCAAGAAGAUUGAGAACAUCGGCAGGAUGACUGCACUCACCCAGGAGGAAGUGGCCACCCACACCCGGACUGUGGUGCAGGGUCUAGAGGCUCUUCGCAAUGAACACAAUUCCAUCCUCUCUGGGAUCAGCUCGACCCUUUCUUCAGCCCACCAUCCUCCUGACUCUAAUGUCAUUGCUGAGAAGGCUAGCAUCUUACAGAGAUCUUUAGAUCAGAUAGAAUUGGGACUGUCUGAAGCACAGAUUAUGCUGGCACUGGCAUCACAUCUUCAGACAGUAGAGGCAGAGAAACAGAAGCUGCGAGCUCAGGUGCGAAGAUUGUGUCAGGAGAAUGCCUGGCUGCGAGAUGAAUUGGCCUCCACUCAACAGAAACUGCAGGCAUCAGAGCAACAUGUGGCCCAAUUGGAAGAGGACAAGAAACAUUUGGAGUUUAUGUCAACCAUCAAGAAAUAUGAUGCCGAUGUGCAGCAGGACUCUGAAUCAUCUAUGGAGGAGAAAAAAGAUAAGAGCGAUGACCCAGUGGUGGACCUGUUCCCUGAUGAUGAUGCUGAUGAUCGUGCAGGUUUAAAGAGAAGCGGAGAUUUUGGUUCACAAGCAUCAUUAGCGGCCAUGUCUCCAACACCACCAUCUCAGUUUGCCCAGCAGGUAAAUGCGGGUUAUGAGAUUCCUGCUCGCUUACGUACCCUGCACAACUUGGUGAUCCAGUAUGCCUCUCAGGGCAGAUAUGAGGUUGCUGUGCCUCUUUGUAAACAAGCUUUGGAAGACCUGGAGAAGACCUCCGGGCAUGACCAUCCAGAUGUAGCUACAAUGCUCAAUAUUCUUGCACUGGUCUAUAGAGAUCAGAACAAAUAUAAGGAAGCUGCUAAUCUCCUAAAUGAUGCCUUAGCCAUUCGCGAAAAAACUCUAGGGGAGAAUCAUCCUGCUGUUGCAGCCACUCUAAAUAACUUAGCGGUAUUAUAUGGCAAAAGAGGAAAAUACAAGGAAGCAGAGCCACUUUGCAAACGAGCCCUGGAGAUCCGAGAAAAGGUGCUUGGGCGAGACCACCCAGAUGUGGCCAAGCAGUUGAACAACUUGGCAUUGCUCUGUCAAAACCAGAUCUCCCAGGAGGAACGUAGAGGGGUGCCUAAGGAGGAGCUUCUCGGGAAGUAUGAAGAAGUUGAAAGGUACUACCAACGUGCUUUAGAAAUUUAUGAAACUAAGCUUGGCCCAGAUGAUCCCAAUGUGGCUAAGACGAAGAACAAUUUGGCUUCUGCCUACCUGAAGCAAGGGAAAUAUAAGGAAGCUGAAAUUUUGUAUAAACAAGUCUUAACCAGAGCACAUGAGCGAGAGUUUGGGGCUAUCGACGGAGACAAUAAGCCAAUCUGGCAGGUGGCAGAGGAAAGAGAAGAAAAUAAGAACAAAGUUAAAGAUUCAGCACCCUAUGGGGAGUAUGGAGGCUGGCACAAAGCAGCCAAGGUUGACUCUCCUACUGUCACCACAACUCUUAAGAACCUUGGGGCUCUCUACCGACGUCAGGGCAAAUAUGAAGCUGCUGAAACACUGGAGGAUUGCGCCAUUCGGUCACGUAAAGAGGCUGUGAAUCUGGUCAAGGAUGGGAUGACCCCAGAGGGCAAUCGACGACUCUCAGCAUCAAGGGACAGACUCCGAAGAGGGUCCCGGGAAUCCCUCAACUCCACUGAUUUUGAUGCUGCUGAUGACUAUGAGUAUGGUCGUCUCCGGAGAUCCAGUUCUUUCUACAAGUUCCGGGCAUCCAUUCGCAAGUCAAGUGCCAAGCUAGUUCACAAACUGAGAGGAAAAGAAGAGGAUAGUAAUGCAAGAAUGAAGCGGGCAAGUUCUCUGUCCGUUCUUAGUGGACAAGGAGAAAGUAAAGAGUGUCUACAGGUCCCUCUUGCUCUGCGUGGUCGAGCAGUCAGCUCUGAGCACAUAUCCUGACCAGCUGUUUCUGCUUCACCUUGAUCAAUCAGUCCUUCGCCUCAUCACUACCAUAGACUGCAAGACUGACCCCACAAUGAUAAUUUUGUAGACUUUAUUUCACAAGUAAUGAUUCAAAUCUUGAUGUACGUGUUGAUGUCUUGUAAUAUUUAGACGUCUGGUUGUGGAAAAUUCAUAACCUGGUAAAUGAGUCAUAUUUAAGUUUAGAUUUCUGAUCCUGAUUACAUGUAAGUAUGUGAAAAUUCAUACUAACUUUAUUUGUAACAGAAAGGAUGGUAAAUGCAAGACAUGACAUUGGUGAUUGAGAGCGAGAAAGCAUGUGUGCCUCAAGAAUCUAAUCAGGUUGAAAAUAUUGACUUCAUGAAUUACCUCAUUACUUAUAUUAAUUUCUAUUUCAUUUUAUCUUAGCAACUAUGCAACUUUGCCCACAUGCUCCUGACAUUGACAACAAAAACAAAUUUAAUACAGUACUAUAUCAUGUAUGUAUAGUGUGUGUGUGUGUGUGUGUGUAAGUGUGUUUACACAUACCUGUGGAUAUUUGUGCAUUUAUUUAUUCAUUUAGUUUAGCUAAUUGUAAUUUACAGGGCCUGAGGUACACUCAUAUCAUCCCCUAUCCAUAUUUACAUUUAUCCAUUCCUUUCAACUGGUACACUAGUUUUUUUUUUUUUUUUUUUUUUUUUUUGUGUGUGUGUGUGUGUGUGUGUGUGUGUGUGUGUGUGUGUGUGUGUGUGUGUGUAUUUCUAUACUUCUGAGUACAGAUACUUCAGUGAUAGAACUUGAUUCACUUUACAUAUAUAUUUGAUUUUUAUUUAUUGUAUAUAUAAGGAUUUUGUUCUAAUGUACAUACUCACAUUGGCAAAAGAAAAGUGAACAUUGUGCACUGCUGAUACACUUGAGGAACCACAUGUGACUAGAAGCGUGAAGAAAAACAAAGAAUCUAUAAUAACUAAUUCAUUAUUAAUCCAGUAUUGUUGUAUUAUCAUUUACAUGCCUGAAUUUUAUUUAUAUAUAUUUUUCAGAAGAAAAUUGAAAAGUAAAAGCUAAUAUUUGCUUCUCUAGAUUUAGAGAAAUUCAUAUUUUAUUUAUCAUUAGAAUGCUUUAUAUCAUUCAUUAGAAUGCUUUAUAUCAUUAGAGCACUUCAUAGCACAUUGAUACACCUGUGAUGACUAUAAAAUGUAAAGGGUAACAAAAUUUACUUAACCAGCACAAAAGAACUCAUUUGAUUUAUUGCAUUUAGACAAUGUAAGCUAAGAUGAAAAGUAUCCUUACAAUAUGGAUAUUUCAUCACCUUCAGUGAACAGAAAAUAUAAGAAAUAGGCAUAUGAAAAAUAUAUGAGCAAUAACAGUGAUGUAACAUAUCUUUGUUCUUCAUUACUCACACUAAGAAUAAACACCAUCAAUUUUGCCAAAAUUUCUAUAUUCCAACGUCAUUGGUCACUAGAAAGAAAUUGGUACAUUUUUAAAUGACAUACUGGCUCUCAAUUACUAAUCUUUUUCCUCCACAUUAUUUUUUGUUACAUUCAAUUCAAUAGUAAAGUCUUUUAUUUGAAUAAUCCACCCUUAAGCUGCUGAAUAGCAAAUAGUGUGUGCCUAUGUGGCUGUGGAACUAUAUAUCCACAAAUCUAUCAUCCUAGCCAUCUAGGGCUUCUUUCUGUGCAUCUUUGCAAAGCAGUAUGUUUGGUCCAGGCUCAUUGCAAGUGUAGGGAACAAGUAAUCAGAGGAUGAGACAGAUGAGCUUUAAGCAGUGGCUGUAGAGAUUCUGUAUUUUCUCUUUCUCACUCACACAUUCUUAAAUCACUGACUGGUAAGAUCAAUAUACCACAUGUUAACAUUGAACCAAGCCUUACUUGAAAUAAAUGUAAGAAAGGCAGUGAGCAUCAGAAUGAUUUGAAGGGUACAGUUUUCCUCUCAUAUAUGCAUUUAAAUUGUGGUCCAAAUAUUACAUUCCAGACUGGUAUCAUAUGCAUUUAUUGCAAGUAAUGAUAAUACAUAUAUAAACAGUUUUAGUUUCUCCUUUUUCUAUUCAAGACUUGCAAAUUUAUUGUUACUAAUGGUUGGCAUUUUCAAACAUGCAUGCAUAUUAACAAGUGUGCUACUAACGUAAUUGCUCAAGACAGAUAAACUGAUUGAAGCGACUAAAAUGGGCAUUCCUUCACCUCUUGUGGUUCAGUAUUCUACAAAAUAAAUGGAAAAUUUGAUUUCAUGGCACAGAUAGAAUGUAAGUACUGUGAAAGCUUAGAAGCUUGUCUGGAAGUAACCUAUCUGUUUUUCUGGAAAAAAUAAGAUAUGUGUGACAUUUCACCAGUAAGUACUUAUAUGUUGUUUAAUUUCAUAUUCAUCACACACACACACACACACACACACACACACACACACACACACACACACACACACACACACACACACACACACACACACACACACACAACACAGCAGAGUCAAUCAUGCAGUACAUGGGGAGUGGGACUGGGUGAACUGGAGAAAUGAUCUUGUGGGAGCGAAGCAUGGCACAGCUUUAAUAUUAACCCUACCAGCUUGUGAAAUUUUACUCAAAGAACCACACUUAUAACAUCUAUGAAACUAGUUACUAUUUAAUGACGCAUACAGCUUUAUUAGUUAAUUAUGUGAAUUGUAAUGUCCACUAAUUCCCAUUCUCUAGUCAAUGUUGCCAGAGGUUGUUGAGGUAGCUCAGCGUGAAGAGUGGACCCCUCAGCAUAGCUUGAUAGUCAUUCAUGGAAUAGUUGAUUUGUCUUAUUCAAUACCUCCUUGGCUCCUGGUAGUAAACUUACUCUUCCAUGUUGCACCAUUGUUUUGAAUUAAUGUAAAGGUUAAUUUCAUCUGUUACAUUUUAGUUAAUAGCAGAACAUGAUCACUAAAGAGCAUUGUUGUGAUGCUUGAAGAACCAAACAAACUGAAAAAAGAAAAAAGUCUCCAAAUGCUGCUGUGUGUGCACAGACAUUUAGGAUCUGAGAUUCUGACCACCUCUGACAACUUGACAGCCCAACAUCCAAUUAGUGGAUGUUCUAAUUGAUUACUGUAUGAAUGUUCACAAGUUGUUUUGCUUCAUGUAUGCUUUUGUCAGUGUAUUCACAGUGACACGGCAACCAUAUAGGAAAAAUAUCAAUAAACAAAGUGAAGA